GGAUGGAUGCACGCUUUUCUCCGCCUUUUUUUCAACCCCUUCUCUUUUCUUCCUCCAAACGCUCCCCGCCCCCCUCCCUUCCUCUUCCCCUAUUUCUCUUUCUACCCUUUCANGCUUUCCCCCCUCUUCCUUUCUACUCAAUUUCCCACCCCUUUUUUCAUGUGGGGUUUCCCCCAACGCGCUGACCCUCUGACUUCUUUUUCCUUUUCUACGAUCAUUUCAUUUCAUUUCAUUUCCCCGUUCUAUACCAUCUUCUACCUCUAUUCUUCAGGAUCUCCUCUCCUUCUCCCUCUGGUCAUCAUAAUUCAUAUCGAAUUAAUCUCGAAGGCUAGAUAGAAUCUAGUUGUUCUUGGUGGUCGGGUUGCAGGCCGAGGAUUGGUCUUCAAAUCAUCGGUCAUUUAAUUGAAGAAACUGGCAAAUGCUAAAUUUCGGCAGAAACAGAACUCAACAAAGGUCCACCAGAUCUCUAGCAUUAGGAGGUAUGGAUUAUCCAGAUCCCAAAAAGAAAAACAACUUUGUGGGAAAAAUUAUCCUGGCCGCCACCCUCACAGCUUUAUGCAUUAUCAUGCUCAAGCAAUCACCGGCUUUCAGUGCCCCAAGCCAGUUUGGGCUGCGUGAGCCGGGGGUAACUCAUGUUCUAGUAACAGGAGGUGCUGGAUACAUUGGUUCACAUGCUACACUAAGACUCCUUAAGGACAAUUAUCGUGUAACCAUAGUGGAUAACCUGUCACGAGGAAAUCUCGGUGCCGUGAAGGUUCUGCAAGAACUAUUUCCAGAACCUGGGAGGCUUCAAUUCAUUUAUGCUGACUUGGGAGACCCCAAAUCUGUUAACAAGAUAUUUUCAGAGAAUGCUUUUGAUGCUGUCAUGCAUUUUGCUGCUGUUGCUUAUGUUGGUGAGAGUACCGUUCAUCCACUGAAGUAUUAUCACAAUAUUACAUCAAAUACACUGACAGUUCUAGAGGCGAUGGCGGCCCAUGGUGUGAAGAAACUGAUAUAUUCUAGUACAUGUGCCACAUAUGGUGAACCGGAAAAAAUGCCGAUCACUGAAGAAACUCCACAACUCCCUAUCAAUCCUUACGGGAAAGCCAAGAAGAUGGCAGAGGAUAUCAUUAAAGAUUUUUCCAAAACUUCAAAAAUGGCAGUCAUGAUCUUGCGAUACUUCAAUGUGAUUGGAUCAGACCCAGAGGGUAGGUUAGGUGAAGCUCCUAGACCCGAGCUUCGUGAGCAGGGACGAAUUUCAGGUGCUUGCUUUGAUGCAGCUCGCGGCAUUAUUCCUGGACUUAAGGUUAGAGGAACAGAUUACACUACACAUGAUGGAACUUGCGUCCGGGAUUACAUCGAUGUCACUGAUCUGGUUGAUGCUCAUGUGAAAGCUCUUGCAAAGGCAGAGGCUGGAAAAGUUGGAAUAUAUAAUGUUGGCACUGGAAAAGGUAGAUCAGUUAAGGAGUUCGUAGAAGCAUGCAAGAAGGCAACUGGGGUUAAAAUCAAAGUCGAUUAUCUUGACCGUCGACCGGGCGAUUAUGCAGAAGUCUAUAGUGACCCAACAAAGAUAAAUAAGGAACUCAACUGGACAGCUCAGUAUACAGAUCUUGAACAAAGCUUAAAGGUAGCGUGGAGAUGGCAAAAGUCACAUCUUAAAGGCUAUGGAAGCUCUUGAAUGGCUCUCCAUGAAUGAAAGAAGGAUUUAACUCUUUGAGAUAUUAACUUCAGCUGUGCUUCUGUUGCUACUUCAGCAGAUGGAUUGGGAGCAGAGUGGUCGGAUUUUUUUUUCCUUUUUUUGUAUUCAAAAUUUACCUUUACAUGAAGUUACAUUCGAUGCCCUUACAUUAUUAUUAUGCAGUAGUUUUAGGAAACAGUUCGUUUGUCACAUGAACUUGAAACGAUGUAGUUGAAAAUAAUGGGAUGUCUGUGCAGAAAUUACCCUUCUUUGUCACCUGUUUCCUUUGCCAUCAACAUCAUCAUCUGUUUGAGAUUG